AUGCAGGUGAAAACUUGGAUAAUUCUUUCCGUCGUCUUGGGCGUACUCUGCUACGCGCUAUCGUUUGGCGGUCUGGAGGUGGUGGAGAAGGCGCGGCGCGAAGAUUCCCUUGGCAGUGCUACUCCAGAGCCGUCGCACUUUAAGGGCCAGAAGUGCGUGGGUAAGUGUGAUUCAAAGCCGGCUGACCCUGAGGAUCACGAGGACCACCCUCUGGAGGAAAGCUUCUGUUGUUGCACCCUAGAUGAAAUCAGCAAAGGCACCAAGCAUAUUGCUCAACUUCUAAAUAACAUAACAAGCCGACCAUUUUUCCGUUUUUUCAAAGUGAAUUUGGAGAAGCCUUGUCCUUAUUGGGCAGUUCAACUACUCUGUAUGAGCGAGGAAAAUACCUGUCAGGUCUGCUCUUGUGAUGCAAAUGAUGUCCCUGAAGCUCUCAAAUAUUCGUAUGAUAUGAGUGAUCCUAAACUCAUUGAUUCUCGUGUUUCGUAUGAAAAGCCAAAUCCAUUUAACGUUGAUCAGUGGGGCACUUGGAGGGAUGCAGAGGUUGCGGCGUCGUACGUAGACAUUUUUCAAAAUCCUGAGGGAAAUACAGGAUAUUCAGGACCCAUGGCGUCUCGAGUGUGGCAGGCUAUUUAUAAUGAAAACUGCAUGACAGAGGUAUCCAAGGAGGGUGUGUUGAAUACUGAAAAGCAAUGCAAGGAAGAACUGGUUUUUAAAAAGCUGAUCAGUGGAUUACAUACUUCUAUUACAAUGCAUGUGGCCACAUUUUUUCGCAAGGACGACGCCGGGAUUUCCCCGCUAAAGGAGUUGGGAGUGUUGAGAGAUCCUAAUGUGUCCUACUUUCCCAACUGUGGGAUGUAUAGGCGGAUCGUCAGCAACAAGGAAUUUAUUAACAACCUCUAUAUACUCUAUCAAUUUAUUCUUCGUGCACUCACAAAAACGAGGUCUGAGUUUCUCUCCGACCUCAACGUGUUUAACUCUGGGAGCGAUGGUGUGCCUACAACGGAAGACGUCCUUCUCCACGCAGAACUUCGGGAACUUUUCAAUAAUCACUUAUUGUGUUCCCCAACAUUUAACGAGGCAAAGUUUUUGGGCUCAGCAGAGGCGCAUCGACUUGUUCCACAAAUGAAGCGAAUGAUGUAUAACAUCACAACCUUGAUGGACUGUGUAACCUGUGAGAAAUGCCGUGUGUGGGGAAAACUUCAAACUAUGGGCAUUGCCACAGCACUCAGGAUUGUUAUGCUUCCUGAAGACACAGUAACCGGCCUCAGUCGUGGGGAGAAGGUCUCACUUGUCAAUCUUGCCCGUCAGCUUGCGAUUUCAGUUGAGAGCGUGCACGUACUGGAGGAUGCCUGUCAAAUAAUGGAAACUGUGCAAAAUUAG